CGUACAGUUUUUAUGCUGCCCAAACCCAGCAGCGUGAGCGUUCCUUACCCUCGCCGUCUCUCUCUCGCACAGAUAACUGACUCGGCGGGGCACAUCCUGUACGCCAAGGAGGAUGCCACGAAGGGCAAGUUCGCCUUCACCACUGAAGACUAUGACAUGUUUGAGGCCUGCUUUGAGAGCAAGCUUCCCGUGGGAACAGGGAGGAUGCCGGACCAGCUCGUGAUUCUGGAUAUGAAGCACGGAGUCGAAGCAAAGAACUACGAGGAGAUUGCUAAAGUGGAGAAGUUGAAGCCUCUGGAGGUAGAACUGAGGCGGCUGGAAGAUCUUUCAGAGUCUAUUGUGAAUGACUUUGCCUAUAUGAAGAAACGAGAAGAAGAGAUGAGGGACACGAACGAAUCGACAAACACCCGGGUUCUAUACUUCAGCAUUUUCUCCAUGUGCUGUCUCAUCGGACUGGCCACCUGGCAGGUUUUCUACCUGCGUCGCUUCUUCAAGGCCAAGAAACUGAUUGAGUAAAGCAACAAGUCCUCCUCCCCCUCAGACCCAGCUGGACACCGCUGGGACCAGCCGUGGCCCCCCGGAGCCAUCUCACAGAUGAUACCCACCGACUGGAGCUUUUCUGCAGGAACUUGGACCCUAAAGGGGGAGGGGAGCAUAAAGUUGGAGGCAACUGGGGACUUGAGAAAUCCUGUUGGAUGUUGAGGGUGGGGCAGCUUGUGAUGGGUUUGGGGAUUCCUGGGGCAGCAGUUAAAUAAAAAAUGAUGUUUCCAUGACAGCUGCAGCGAGCUUUUUGCGCUGUCUGUUCUCCUUUUAUAAUCUUGAUGAUGUCUCCCAUCUGUCUGUGACUGUAGUGUUACUCUGAGCCACUUGGUCCUGCUGAGCUCUUCAGGUGCCGUGCAGCCAGCACCGGGGCAGAGUGGGGGAUUCCCUGUUCUGACCAGCUGGGAUCUAGGCCUCAUGCAAGCGAAGGUGAGGGCAAAGAAAUAGGAUUUACCAUUCCAGCAGAGCCUGAGGAUAGAGGGCAGUCCAAGGUUUGGUCCCUGUUGUGGACCUUGGUGUUUCUCCCUGUGGGAGCUGAUGGGUCAAGGUACUUGAGCAUACGGUGGUUCAGCCUGGAGGAAGGGGAGCCUUGGAAGGAGGGCUUUGUAAUGUGCUUGAGCUUGGAAAGGAGACCCCUGCUUUGCUCAGAUAGGCUGUCCAGCCUUGGUCCUGCCCUUACUCCAUGCGUUUGUCUUGGAUUUGCCUCUCUGGUCCUGAAAUGAUGCAGCAGUUUUCCUGAAAGCCAUAGUCUUGGUGACCUUUCGUGCAGAGAGAAGGCCUCAGUCAGAUACAGUCACAGAGCAAAUAGGAGCAGGUUAUGCUAGGAAUCUUGAUCUUAAAUUGAGCAGGAAACUUUUUUCAGCUAAUAGUGUAACGUUUAUUCAGCAGGCAGCUGGCUGAAUUUCACUUCCUGAGACCUCAAAGCAAGGUGAGCUGCUGUUAAUGUGAAGUGUGAAGCUUUGAGGUCUGAGGAUGCAAGGGGUGCUUUGAAGGAUGGCAGAGGAGUUGUUGGAAGAACGUGGAUGAUCCUGAAAAGCAGUGCAGGGUAGGAAUAGGCUAAUGCUACAUGUGAAGGGGGCCUGAACUGUGCCCUCAACAGAACUGUUACUCUAUGUGAUACCACAGAGAGCAAGCAGCCUGUCAUGGUUCCUCAGCUGUCCAGAUGGAAUUACAACAAAUAAGCCAGGCUGGGGAAAAGCAGGCUGGUUAACUUCCUGAACUCACUCACUGCAGUUUUUAGGCAGUGAUUAAAAUUCUUUCACCUUCUCUGCAUUCCUUCAGAGCAAACGGUUCAGCAGCACAGUGUUCUGGUCUCACGUGCCUAGACCCUUCUGCCUAGGGAACAGGUUAUUAUGGCCCUGGGUCCAGCCUACCAUUUGGAAGAAAAGCAUUUGUUAAUAAUUAACAACCUGAAUCUGAUCUGUUGCUGGGGGUAAAUGGUUGUCCAGGGUCCGGGGUGAAGCUCUGGGAAAGGGAGAAAAGAUGACCUACUGUCAUCGAGAAACAAGUGUUUUGUUGCUCCCUUGCCAUUGCCAAGAUCCCGGGGUUGUUAGUUCCGCUGGCAAGUGCUUAUAUUGCUUUCUUUUUUUCUUAAAAAGCCAUAUUAAGAGUCCAAGUCCACUCCUCUCCCUUUAUCCUUGAACAUUUUUGAAAGCUGUUACACUGCAGAACAGCAGUGGUGCCACAGGACUUAAUUACAGAAGUCAUUGAAGGUAGCUUUAGGUCCUACAGUUUGAAGCCUGUAGAUCUGUUAAGGUUUUUGCUUUUGUUUUUAUAUGAAUUGAAAAGACAGUACAAGAAAGGGGCCUUCCCCAUCCUGUGCGUCGUGAUUAUCUUCUCCCUGUCCUUCUUGGAGUAUGAAGACACCGUUAUCUCAAAAAUGGUGGUGAGGCCUUACGUUCUCCAGGUGACUGUUACAGUAUCAUCGUUCCGGUGUUGCGCCUUGGUCCACACCGUACUGGUGUGGGUACUGGGGAACGGAUGUGGGGGACUAUUGGAUUUCUCUGUAAUGACUGCUUGGGGGAUUUUGUCAAUUUUCUCAAAUAAAAUUGCUUUGGGGGAAAAACAACCCACAUUA